ACCACAUCCGGCGGCUGACUCGCGUGUAUAAAGCCGCGGCCGCUGAAUCUGGCUUCCAGCAGUAGCUCUGGGCUCUUCUCGGCUGCAGGAGCAGCUGCUCCAAUGCCCCACAGUGGCCAUGAGCGUCCCGCAUUGGUGGGACCAGCUGCGGGCUGGCAGCUCGGAGGUGGACUGGUGCGAGGACAACUACACCAUCGUGCCUGCCAUCGCCGAGUUCUACAACACGAUCAGCAACGUCUUAUUUUUCGUCUUACCGCCCAUCUGCAUGUGCUUGUUUCGUCAGUAUGCAACAUGCUUCAACAGUGGCAUCUACUUAAUAUGGACUCUCUUAGUUGUAGUGGGAAUUGGAUCCGUCUACUUCCAUGCAACCCUAAGUUUUUUGGGUCAGAUGCUUGAUGAACUUGCCAUCCUUUGGGUUCUGAUGUGUGCUCUGGCCAUGUGGUUCCCCAGAAGGUAUCUACCAAAGAUCUUUCGGAAUGACAGGGGCAGGUUCAAGGCGGUGGUCUGCGUCCUGUCUGCGGUUACAACGUGUCUGGCGUUUGUCAAGCCUGCCAUCAACAACAUCUCUCUGAUGACCCUGGGGGUUCCUUGCACUGUGCUACUGGUUGCAGAGCUAAGGAGGUGUGACAAUGUGCGCGUAUUUAAGCUGGGCCUCUUCUCCGGCCUCUGGUGGACCCUUGCUCUCUUCUGCUGGAUCAGUGACCGAGCCUUCUGUGAGCUGCUGUCGUCUUUCCACUUCCCCUACCUGCACUGUGUGUGGAACUGCUUCAGCGCCAAACCCAGAGUCCCGUUUCCCUCCAUUUCCCUCCACCCGCCAGGACUUCUGAUUGCAAAAGGCACAUCCUCAUCUGCCUUGCUGCCUACCUGGGCUGUGUAUGCUUUGCUUACUUUGAUGCAGCCUCCGAGAUCCCUGAGCAGGGGCCCGUCAUCAAGUUCUGGCCCAGCGAGAAAUGGGCCUUCAUUGGCGUGCCUUACGUGUCCCUCCUGUGUGCCAGCAAGAAAUCACCAGUCAAGAUCACGUGAUGGCAGAGCCGUGGCUUGGCUUCUCUGCUUCUUUUCCCUCAGGCACGGGCUCCAUAUGUCAGCCAAGACAGCUGGGGGUUUGCGGAGUUGGGGGUAGGGCCUGUCUUUUAAAAGUUCUGGUCCCGUGGGCUCAACUAACGUGUCUGUGGCCCACCGAGACUCUACCAUGCAUGAGGAGGAGUCUUUUCCUUUCCCAAAGACGGAAAGUGGAGGGCUGAAGGGCACCGGUGGAUCUUCUCAGCCUCCCAUCCAGAUGCAGUGGCUCGUUAGGCUGUAUCCUUUCCAGCAAUGGCAGAGCAGACCCUCGGGGGAGCCCAUUUCCCAGCGGGAGAUUGCUCCAGACUCGACCAUUCCCGUGUGCUCGCGGAGUGGACUCUCUUGCUGACUGACAGGCCCUGCAACAGACUCGGACCUCUGACUGUCUGAUGGAACAUCCCAGGGAUUUUCAUUUGAGGAAACUGUCCUAAAACUAGACCAAACCCAUGAAAUCCACACAGGGGCUAGUGGCUAAGGAGGUGUCCAUUUAGAGCUCUCCAUGGCCAGGUUUUACAUGUGCUUGAGAAUCUUUUCUCUACUACCUCUGCUGAGAGAUGGGGAUUGGACUUCAGAGGAGGGUGAAGCAGACAAGAAAAGCCCUCUCUGCCAAAAGCUACACUCCACUUGAAGCCAUUCUUGAAGAUGAGCACAAGUUUCAAAUAUGGACACUGUUGGCCCCUCCCCCAACCAGCAGCCUCACACACCAGCACAGAAUAGCUGCGGGGUGAGCAGUCUGCACGCAGACCCCGCUCCUUUGUGCCGAGCUCCGCAAGGUCAGGCCUCAUGACAGUCACAGUGGGAAGUCCUGCCUUGUUCAACAACUGGAACAGACACGGAGUUCUGGAAACUUGUGCCGAUGGGAAGCCGUCUGGAUGCUCUUCCAUUCGGGAAGUUAUCCUCAAAAAUGUCGCCUCCUGUCUCUCCAAGAUCUGCGGGAACUGUUCUCCAUACUCUCCCAGUACAAGGUGCUUCCUGUGGUUUCUCCAAGCAUUUGAUUGCUGCUUCUCUCCAGUGCUGCAGGGACUACCCGCUGGCUCUUUGGGUUGCUGGUGCUUCAGGCAAUGCUGUUGCCUCCUUGGUUUUUCCUCACCCAAAGUGACACUAGCCAAAACUCAUCUCUUCACUGGCCUGAACGAAGACUCCGGAAACGGUCAUCAAGGUGUGAGGGGGCACGCAUGACCUCAGGGAUACCCACUUAAAUUCCCACAUCUCACGCUUUGCAACAUUUCAUCAUGAAAGAGGCAGGACAGACGUGUCCUUGUGUGAACGGGAGUCCUGUCACUAAGGAACUAAUAAGAAUGAGGCACGACCAGCCUGUGGCAGGUCUGCGAACUUUGGCUCCAGUUAGAAUUUGCACAGGAUCUAAGGUGAAAAGCCCAAUAAGGAACUGAACUGAGAGAUUAAAAGUGAAGGACUUU